AUGAUCACUAUUCUUUACAUCUUGACAGCAAUUUUAGCUCACGAUGCCCUCAAUCUUCUACUCGCGCACUCAAAAGUAAUCUUAGAUGGCUUUUUCGAGAUGAAAGAAAAGGAAUUACAGCAUGCUCUGAAUCUCAAAAAAGAGGAAUCGGAACAAGCUCUCACAUUAGCGAAGUACAAUUUCGAGGAAGUUUGUGCGGCAAGAGAUCGAUAUAAAGAUGAGCUUGCGGAGAUGAAGCUCAGAAAUCGGGAACUUCAGAAUGCUCUUCUUGAGAAAGCUUCGGGAAAGGGCUUGGGAAAGAGUGAAUUCGAUGGUAGUGGGACGGGUGAGGACUUUGAAGCUUUGUGA